AUGGACGACGCCCAGGUGGCAUUCGAGGAUUUGAACGGCGCUCUGAAGCAGGUCGUGUCCGAUGCCCCCGGCGCCUUCCUCAAACCUUUCGUUGCUGGCGGGGCCCCGCAGGCUUUGUUGGCGAAGGCUGCGGGAGUGUUGGAGGCUCGCGAGAGAGAGCAACUGAGCCUGAAACAGAUCGGCACUACACGCGCAUCCAUUGAGGCCCUGGAGGCAAACGCCAUCAACGAUGACGAGGUGUUAGCCACGCUAGCCGUCGUCAAAUCGUCGCUGGCGGAAGUGCGCGCCGAUGUAGAGAAGAAUGCCGCGCCGGCCGCCAUCCUCGAUCAAAUUUCUGACCUGGAUGAGCGCUUCCAGCUCGCAGGGCGCAGACUCGUCAUGAUGGAGAUCGCUUCGGACUUCGCCAGUGCUGCGGCGACCUGGUGCGAUGAGGUACGGUCUUCGGGUGCUUCGGAAAUCAUGCUGGACCCCCCGGGCGCCAUGGAGGUCGCCGAGGAUGGUUCGGCCAGGAAAGCACUUCUCGGUACGCUUGCCAAUGUGCUGUCGCCUAGGAUGUUGGAGGAAUGUGGAAUUUGCUACGAUGCACAGGUCGCCUUUGCCAAUCUGACUUCCAGCGCUCAGCGCCCAGCGCUGGAGUCUGCGAAGCUCUUGCGGCAAGUCAAGAGCGACAUCAUCGCACAUCGCAAGUUGUUGCAAGACGUUUUCUUGGUGAUGCUGCCAGACGACUUCGAGCAGCUAGUUGCCCAGGUGUUCGGGAAGGACGUGCAGGCCGAGUGGGUCACAACAGCCCGGUCGUUUUCGGAGAUGAUAUUCCCCGUUCUCGUGAAGGGCGAAGCUGCGUCGGGCGCAGAGAAGCGCAUCCUGGACGCGUCCACCCACGUGCAGCGGCUGCUGACGUCCGAAGUGAUAGCUCUUGGGACGAAACCAGACGGUUCGGCUGAGACCCCUUCGGAGUACGUCGUUGUCUUGCUCGCGAUGGUCGGCGUAGCCACGGCUAGCUCAAAGCUGGCGCGCAUCGCAGCGGACUUGGAGUUGAAGCCGCUGGACUCCGCCCGCGCCCUGAAGAUCCUCGACGCGAGCUCGAACGCACUCCUCAUGACAGUUCGCGGCCAAUGGAAUGGCGUCGACUUGUCGCCAGAGAAGGUCGACGAAACCAUGGGCUGGGCUUGCCGCGUGGUGGACGAUGGCGGCGGGAACUCCGCUGAACUCCUGGAAGGCUCUCCGCCUGGACCCUGGGGCGCCAUCGUUGCAGCAAAACUGAAGGAAGUGGAGAGCCUCUACGACUCCCGCGUCGCAGCCGUCACUGAGAUCAUGCAGAAGGUGUCCUCGAGCCUCGCAGACAUGAAGGCCGCGUUGCCAGACCUCCAAGAUACCCCUGACAGUAUGACCGCCUUCACGAAGGCCGCAUUCGACGCGUCCUUGAUCAAGAAUGCCGAGGUUGCCUUGAAGGAGUUUACCAAGGCAAAGGCAGCCGCCCUCCAGAUCGGCAUUGGCGAUCACGUCUACAGUCCGACAGAGAAUGAGCUAGGGUUUGUCCGUGGUAGGGUGGCUUGCGUGUCCGCCAUUUGCCCGCUGCAGAAUCCGAAAAUCACCAGCAAGGACAAGAAAGGCAGGGCGCUGCAGAAACAGCUGGAGGCUGUGGGCAAGCUCAUUGCCCAGAACACAAAGACCUAUGACUCGGCUGUCCCCAAGUGGCUGGUGGGCCGCAUCAAAGUCGCGGAGAGCAUGUAG